AUGGGUGCGUCGAGUUCAGUGCCGUGUGAUUGUUCCCGGGGUGUGUCGCGGAUCUUUGGGGGCGGAUCCUCUCAAGGGGCGUGCACACUCCGGAUCAUCCAAAUCACCGAUGUCUACGUCCUAGACUACUUCCCGAGCCUGCGCACCUUGAUCAAGGAGAAAUCUCUGGAGUUGCAGCGAAAAUGCGGCGGGCAAACAGUUAGUAUGUUGACUGGGGAUUUCCUGGCACCGUAUCUGCUGUCGUCCAUUGACAUGGGCGUGGGCAUGAUGAAGAUGAUCAAUGGCACACCCAUCGAUUAUUUGACGUGGGGCAACCACGAGGAUGACAUUCCUCACAAGGAAGUGCUGAAACGAGAGCGAGAGUACACGGGGACCUGGAUCAACACGAACAUGCAGACGCAUGAGUCCUUCGCGAAAUCCACCUGUCAAGUGGAUGAAGAAAUUCUCCAAGUCAUAUCUCUUGAUGGAAGUAACAAGCGGCGGAUAGGUAUGAUCGGCGUGCUUAGCAACUCACCCAGCCUCUACCGCCCGGGUGCAUUUGGUGGAGCCAAGAUCGAAGACCCCUGGGAAACUAUGGCCACGUAUAAGAGGAAGCUCCAGGAAGACGAGGGCUGCGACAUCGUGGUUCCCCUCUGUCACCUGUACGAGCCCCAGGAUGAGCGAACCUGCCGGGAGUUCGACUUCCCCGUGAUCCUGAGUGGCCACGACCACCAUGUGGUGGAUCGGCUGAUAGACGGCACUCGGCUGCUGAAGCCGGGGCAAGAUGGUAUCAAGGCAGUGAUCCUGGACCUCUCCUGGCCGACUGCCUCAAGCACAACGCCGGUCAUCGACUACGAGAUCGUUAAUGUGGCCGACUGGCCGCCGGACGAGGCCCUGAAGUGUGUGGCAGAAGAGUCCUACAGGGUGCUGGAUCCCUUGCGGAGGACCGAGCUUGCCAAGGUUCCGGGCGCCUACCGUCCGCUGACCUCUGUCCAGGCGAGGGGCCAAAGAGUCUCCAUGGGCACCUAUCUCCUCUCACGGAUACGGGACGCCCUCAACAUGGACAUGCCUGUGGGCACAAGAUACGUCGAUUGCGCCCUGCUGAAGGGCGGAAACAUCCGGGGCGGAAGGGAAUAUCAGGAUGACGAGCACAUCAACUUGGAGGUCCUUCAGACCGAAGUCGAGGAGUCCAAGCAGAUCUUGGUGAUCCCAGUGCCCGGCUCUGUGCUGCGAGUGGGGCUCCGGGAGACCUUCGGUGCCCCGAAUCCGGGGUGGAUGCAGUACGAUGACGGUGUCGAGCUGGAUGAGGACGGCUACGUCACCCACAUCGCCAAGGAGCCGCUGGAGGAGGAGAGGAUUUACAAGGUGGCCAGCAUCGUGGACUUCUGGCGAAAGCGAGACGCGCCCUCCAUUGGCCAGUACUUCGAGGAUCACCCCGAGAAGCUGCCAGAGCUCGACUCGGGGAGGCCUGUGCACUCGCUGCUCCUGACCUUCUUUGCGAUGCAGCUCUGGACCCGAAUAUGGAAGGAGCUCGGUCUCAGCACUGGCGAUGAGCCGAUCGAGCCGGAAGCCUUCCGGGCCCUCGACGCUGACGGGGACGGCGUCGUCUCCAAGGAGGAUCUCAAAAAGAAGCUGCAGCAGGUGAGCGGCUUCGAGAAUGUCUUCGAGGGCAUGGAUGUGCUUGUGGAUAACAUGCUUGGUGAGAUCGCCAAAUUUGGUGGGAAGGACAAAGGCCUCAGCGAGGAGGCUAUCCAGGCAGCGGCCAAGCAUUGGUCCAGCCGAAGCUUGUCUUCCCUGGUUUCAGACGGCGCCUCCGAAGAGGAGGAGGAGAAGUGA